GUCGCCGGUCUCACCAUGUUAUGGAAAGUGGAAGUUGUUCAACGACGCAAACUCCCGACAUUGCAGUGCCGGAGGCAGAACUUGGCGCACGCUCGGAAAAUUAUUUCUGGAUUUUGUUAAACGUACAAUGAAGUCGUAUCAAAUUUUUUUUUUGUUUCUCGCUGCUGUGAUCACACCGAGCAAAUCAAAUACACAAAUAUUCGGAGGGCGAUGUUCAAAACAAGAUCCAAAUGUUGAUGCGUGUCUACUUCGUAGUUUUAACAACCUUUUGAACUACCUAAAGAGUGGAGCACCGGAAGUUGGACUUAAUGAGUCAGACGAAAUUGUCAUCGAUGAGUUGUCUAUCGCACUUGGAGGUGGCCCUGAUGGAUACCGAGCGACUUUCAAGGAUAUCCAUGCAACUGGAGUCAACAAUAUGACCAUCACUAAUGUCAGAUCAGACCUAGAGACCCACCAGUUCCAACUAACACUUUUCGGCCCUCACAUCAGUGCUAAGGCCCGUUACCGUUCCUCUGGUGUACUGCUACUCGUCAGGGCUUCAGGUGGUGGAGAUUACUGGGGAGAAUACGACGGAGUUAAAGCCAAAGUAUACUUCCGUGGAGCUCCCUACACCCGCAAAGGCCGCACUUAUCUGAAGCUGCAGCAGCUGAAACUGGACUUCUCCGUGAAGGACAUCCAAAUGGGUGUUGAGAACUUGGAUCAUAGCAGUAGUGUACUACAGGCAGCAUUGAACUUGUUCAUCAAUACAAAUGCUCAAGAUCUCCUUAAGGAAAUGAAACCAGAACUUAAACGAGACCUCGCUGAAAAGAUGUCAAGAUUCCUAGAUAGGAUCCUUGCAAAAAUUCCUUAUGAUGACUGGAUUUCUGACGAAGUGGAGGAGGAGGAAGAGGAAGAAGAAUAGUUUCCUAUUAAGAUAGUUAUUUAGAUGGUAAGUUGCUUGAGAAUCAAAAAGGUGCUAUAUGGUUGUGUAAGGUGUAUGGUUUUGUUCUUUUUCGAAUGAACUACACCCUGUUUUGACAGAAAUCUAUUUUUAUCUUAUACUAAAAUUUUUCUUAUAUAAUCUGAUACAGUCAACAGUUCCACUGUUGUUUUAUAAAUAAAUGUCAAAUUUCCUAUUUUUAAUAAUUAGGUCAUAUUUAGUCUACGUAGUAGAUGUAUACGUAAAAUACAUAUUGUAUUAUAAAUAUAACAUAUUGUACGCGGUUGCUAAUUAUUGUUAUAAUCGUUAUAUCAU